AUGAACCUUUUGAGGGGCACCAAGCUGGUGAGUACAUUGCCCAACAUAUUUCGCACACAAAAAAAAAAACACCAUUCGAGAAAAAACUUAACACACGAAAUAUUUGAAAAUGAAAAAUGCCUAGACAAAUUUGAGGACCUCCAGAAAAAUAAAAUCAUUUACAAGAAGGACCAUAAGGACUACUUGAAGCUAUAUGAACGGUACAGACCUGAGUAUGCCAAGCUCACUGUGGAGAGGAGCAACCCCUUCAACUUCCUCAUUUAUUGGAAGCUCACUGAAGAGUCAUCCGUUUGCAUCAGCAAUGGCGCAGGUAGGAAGGUAAAGAAUUUUACGCAGACGUUAUGGAAGCUGAAGGAAGAAUUGGCCAAACUGAGUGUUCCUUUGGAAGGGAGCCAGCCGAAUGAGCCACCCAUUAGAAGGGUGAAGGAGGAUGGCGAAGUGGAAGGCGCCUCGCCAAAGGUGCCCCUCAAAAAUAUAUCGAAUGGGGGAGAGCAACAAGAGGGGCACGUCCAAAGGAGCCCCGAAAAGACAUCCCCCAGCGGCAGCGCCUCCCCGCAGAGCAACCAAAAGGGCACGAAAAAAAAAAACAGCUACACCAAGUUGCACAAAAUUUGGGAGUGCUUCCUAUCCCACAAGGAGAGAAACAACGUGAAGGAGGAAAGAACAUGCCUCGAAAUUCUGAGGAGGAACUUUUUGAAGGCCCAAUUUUUUGGAGAAAAUAAAAAAAAAGACUUCCUCUUUUUCGAGCAUAUUUUAACUUCGCUCUUGUUGAGGCCGCACAUAUUUAUAUCCGUGUUGAACUCUCUGCACUGUGUGUUCUUCGACCGGAGGGUGGGCGUCUCUCCGGGGGUGGCACCGAUUAGUAGUGGUGGUUCUGCUCACAGUAGUGGUGGCUCUGCUCGAGGUGAUGGUGCCCCCCCUGAACAGGACAACGGCAGGCAAAGAGAACCCCACGGGGAUACCCCCUCCAGUGAGACCUCUGCCCAAAUGAGAAGGUACAUUCUAAAUUACCUGUUCAAUAUAUAUUACGAAAAGCACGUGGGGCUCCAAAACAUGCAGAGGACAUUCGACCUGCACCAGGCAUAUAAACUUCGCUACUGGAAAAAGGAAAAAACUGAUUACAAGUUUAUCGCUUCGAGCGAAGUGGAGCUUGAGAGCAACAAUAUCAUUUUGAUUAAAUGUGCCCAAACGAGCGACUCCUUCUUAGUAGGAGUGGUUAACAAAGUACAGAGGGCCAGAGAUUUCUCCGUCCUUUUUAUGAAUGUCAGACGGUACAUCUGCGGCAACAAAAGGGGGGGGGACGUGGCCAAGCUCUACGAGGAGAUGGAAAUGAGUGAGGAGUACGUGGAGAGUUACCUAAACAGGCGCAGCGGAGCUGCCCAGGAGUUCUCCGUCGCGGCUGCGCACAUGGAUAGCGCCCGCCGAGGGGACACCGCCAUUAGCAGCAUUUAUGGAGAGCAUAUCAACCAUAACCCCUCACGUGGAGACCCCCCCCAGCAGCCGCCUCACACGGACGACCCCAACGUCCACGAAGCCGUCACCCUCGCAGUUCACCUCAACACCAUUUCGAACCGAAUCAAAUACUCCAUGCUGAGUCUCUUCGGGGGGAGGAAAGACCCUCCCCACAGCGACCUCCUACAGCUGCUACUGAACGAGGAGAAGAAUCCCCCAUCUGUGGUGGAUCCCCCGGAGGUGACCAACAUGUGCAGCGGGACUCACCACGAUGGGAAGUUCAAUUUCCUGAUCCAAGAGGCAAUACAUAAAUUUUUGGAAAAUCGAAAAAAGGAGAUUCAUUUCUUCGAUGUGGUUAAUAAGGACCUUAUCAAGAGCGACAAAGUCGUUGGCAAGCUACACAAAAGGUUGCGAAACAGCCCGGAGGAAUUCGCGCGCAUGUGCAGUGUGUACAGGCGGUUCGACGUCUACCAGAAGGGCGUUUUGCAGGACAUUCUGAUUAACGAGGGGGGGGCGCCCGUGCACCUGGUUCGGGGCGCGCCCGGGAGCGGCAAGAGCGACCUCAUCUCCUUCAUCAUAUACUUCCUCACCCUGGAGCGCAAGAACAACAUCUUCGUGGGCACCAGCAAACACAUCUCGGUGCAAAACGUGCGACAAAAGUUAAUGCACCUCAACCUCUGCCUCAACAGAGACACCAUGCAGAGGCCAACCAACCAAAAGUCAGACAUCUUUAUAGACACCAUUUACCAAGCCUUCAAAAUUAAAGACAAAAAAAUAAAGCACCUAAUUAUCGACGAGGCGUCUAGCCUAUCUGAAUAUAGUAGCCUCAUCUGUUUGAAUCUGAACUGCGAUUUUGUGUAUGCCUUUGGUGAUGAUAAGCAGUUGACUUUCCAUAGCUUAAUAAACGAGAGGAAGAGACUCCAAAUAAAUUACCUCAGCAUCUUCGAAAAGUUAAGUCGUUACAGAAAGGCCAAGUGCCACACGCUGCUCAUUCAGUACAGGCUGAUCUUUCCCAUGUACUUAUUUACGUCUUUUUAUUUCUACGAGAGGAAAUUAAUUGCGUCAAAAAAGAUUAUGGAUAGCUUCUUCCGGCCGGGGGGGGGCCCGUCUGGGUUCAUAGGCCCAGAGGUGGACAAUCACCCCGAAAGGGAAGACGUAAAAGAGGACCACCCCAAAAGGGAAGACAUAGGGGAGGACCCCCCCAAGGUAAACACCGCAUGGGAUGAUGACCCCCCCGUGAACUUAACCUGGAAGAGCCUCUUCCAACAUUGCAGAGUUCCCAUUCUCUUCAUCGACACGUACCACGCAGAGUGCAACGCUCAAACGUUGGAAGUCAAAAUUAACUACUCCUAUGUGAACCAGUUUGAGGCUCAGGUAAUUAUGAAGCUGGUCCAAAUGCUGAACCUGGAAAAUCAGAAAAAUGUCACCAUUUUGACGCCCUACACGAGCCAGAAGUUGUAUAUCCAGUCGAUGCUGCGGAAUGGCUACCUGGGCAGUAGAACCCAUCCAAAUGAUCCCACACCUUACCGUGACGAAAAAGAAAACAAAGAAACGUGCACAAGUGUUAUGUACCAAAAGGUGGCUGCCAAAUCGGGAGGUACCUUUUUUCGAGGCGAGGGUUACGCCACCCCCAGGGGAGGUUCCAACUCAAGUGCGCAUCGAAGUCACGACCAUAUGUUCGAACUUUUUAAGAAGGGCAACAUAGGGGGGAGUACCACCCGGUUGAGUGGAACCUCCCGGGAGGAAAACAUCCUUCGCGUUGGUCUACCUGGUAACUCAUACGGUGAGGGUGCCUUCCAAGCUGAUCACCCAAGUGGAGCCCCCCUUUUUGGAAACAUCCUUUCGAAGAGGUUUCCCCCAAAUGGUGAGAUAACGGGUGCAAAGAACUUCCCUCCCCCUGAGAAGAUACUUUCUACCGUGUCGCAACUACCCCCAAACGGGAGAACCAUCAGUAGGAUUGAUAAAUGGAACAACCGAUCCCAUAGCAAUCGCCAACCAGAGAAAGUAAACCCACAAGUCGACCCAAAUGUGAACACUCUGCAGAGAAAUGUGCACACAAUAGACAGUUACCAGGGAUGCGAAAACGACUUCAUCAUUAUAAGUACAGUUCGAUCGAACGACAAAAAUGUGCUGGGCUUUCUAAAUGAUGAAAAGAGGUUGAACGUUCUCUUGACUCGAAUGAAGAAGGGAAUUAUCAUUGUCGGAAAUUCCAACACGCUGCGGAAUAAUUUUUUUUGGAAGGAGUUCAUUUCCUUUUUGGACUUUUUUAACUCCAGGAAGUCCGCCUUCACGUUGCCCUUCCUGCGCAGCGGCAAGUGA